AUGAUCCUACGAUCUACUGCAAGCGGGAAGAGAUUACCCAAAAUAUAUUAUCAACUGUAUUUUCUUUCUACAAAGCCCCAGUCUAAUACAGAAUCAUUUGCCAAAUAUGGAAUAUUACCGUACUUUCAGUCAAAAUUGAAUCUGUGGUUGAAUCCUGGCUCUCAAGUCAAAACACCACCGACAGAAAUACAAACAUUUAUUUUGCAGAAUUUGUUAUUGAAUAAAAAAAAUGUAAUUGUCAAUCAAUCUAACAAGCCUGGGAAAUCAUUGGGGUUACUAUUACAUGCUUUGAAUCUAUCGUUGACCAAACGGCCCUGGUAUCUGGUUGAAUCACGUCGAAUUCCCCAGAAACCAGCAAGGUCGUUGGAUUCAGUAAUACUUGUUCCCACAGAUGAGAUGGUUAGCAAGUAUCACAAAUACUGUGAAAAAUUAAUCUCACCAAUGGAGAAGAACUGUGUCCCAGUUGAGGUUUUCAAGACCAAUGGGCCAUUACAUAUUACAAGAGACCCAUUGACAGUGAAAUUUCUAUCGAGGAAAAAACUACCGGAAAUUACUACCGAUUCCCUGGAUUCAAAGUUAGAUACAGCAAACCACUCUCAGGUGAUGGUCACUACCUUAUCAGGACUCCUCGAUACUAUUCAGAAUGAUCCUGAUCAAUUUAAAUUUUUGAGGUUUUUUGCUAUAGAUCAACUAGAUUAUUUCAUGAAAAGUGUUGAUCUAAACGGAUUUCUGGUGGUGAGUCAAAAUGCAAAAGGGAAAUAUAAAAAUAGAUUGCUAGAAACAAUACGGCAAAUUGAAACUUUGAGAAAAGACACUCGGGAAGAAAGAUUGACUGAAUUUGUCAAGUUGGCCGCUCAGGAUCUUAAUGAAACUUUGACCUCGCAACAAAUAGAUGAGAUUGUGAGGAUUGUCUCUGAACGGAGAGUUGCAAAGUUCCCGAAAAAGUUUGUUUGUAGCGAUCUAAUGAAGGAGGAAUUAGCAGAGAGGUUGCGGUACGAGUGUCUUGAUAACAUUCAAUAUUGCAUUGUGGCGAAUCCUCUGCAUCCUCAUGUUUUGGCAUUAAAUGAAUUGUUCUUGCAAAAAGAUCUAGCAUCAAACUCUGCAAGUGAUAUUGAAAAGAAACAGUUGUAUAUUAAAAAUCCUGAAACAUUCAAGUUGAAAAAUAUCAUUAAUCGCAGAUUUGCCAUGGAAGACUCAUUGGAUUUAUUCAAGCCAUUGGAGAGAACCAACAAAAUUGAACUGUAUUUCCCUGUGUUCCAUGAUGGCCAAGUUGAAGACUAUAAAAAUGUAUUCAAUUUACCGAGCCAUGAUCAAGUUCGGAAACUAUUGGAGCAUUUUGUGGGGUCGAAGUCUAGUAUCAAAGAUUACGCCAAAAAAUACCAUAGCGAAAAGAAAUUAAAUUCAAUUGAAGAGUACGCUGAAUUCAUAAAUGUGAUAUCUCUUGGUUUUAAAAAGAGAUUACCUGGACUGUCGCUAACUGUGAUUGUCCCUGCAUACAUCAAUCCAGAAGAAUUGAAAACAAAGCUUGCUGUCGAACUAAAUGACACUAUAGAUAGAGUGUUAGCUGUUCCUGAAUUCUUAGUAUCUGGAACAAAUCUAGAAAGUGAAAGCUUUAUGUUUGCCGGAUUGGAUACGUUAAUGUACCAAACUGCAUUCACAGAAGGAAAUAUUGAUAAGAAAUUGAAUUUGGGUGUGAAUGAGCCAUAUGGGGAUUUGCUCCAUGUUCAUAUUUGGAGGCUUUUAUCCUCAACUUCAGUAUCAAGAAAGAAGCGUGUUAUAUUUGCAUUGAAUGGUAAUAAUGCAAGUUCUGAAGACUUAUCUAGAAUUGGUCAAAUAUUUGCAUUCAAUAAUAUCUCAGGACAAUUGGAAAUAAAACCGUUUGUUCGAGUUUCUUAG